AUGGCCACCGAGGUUCAAACAGUCGUUUGCUAUCCCCCUAAUCCAGGUCCUAACUGGAAAGUGGAAACUACAAAAGUUCUAACAAGUCGACCAUUGCAAGAAAAUGAAUUGAGGGUUCGAAUGGUAGCCAGCGGGAUAUGCCACACAGAUGUAUUCGUCUCCUGUAUUCCAGGAGGAGUUGCAGGAUUGGAAUACCCUAAAGUGCUUGGCCACGAGGGAGCAGGCAUUGUCGAGGAAAUCGGGUCUGGGGUGACCACUGCUGAAGUAGGAGACCCGGUCCUCCUUUCAUACACCUACUGUUCAAAUUGCGACCUCUGUGGUGUGAGCCAGCAGCCUUAUUGUCUAGAUUGGCAUGUCCUCAAUAUUGUGGGUGACAAGACUCUGCAAACUGCUGGAGGCGACCAUAUCCAGGCUAAAUUCUUCGGUCAAUCGAGUUUCGCUGGCGAAAGCAUUGUGAGUGAGCAAAGCGUUGUCAACGUGAAGGGUACUGUCAAUAAUGAAGAGUUGAAACUGCUGGCACCACUGGGCUGCGGGUUGAUGACUGGUUCCGGAGCAGUGAUCAACAAUGCCAAAGCAAAGCCGUUCGAUAUUGUGGUGGUCACCGGAAUUGGUGCGGUCGGGCUUGGAGCUAUAAUGGCAGCCAAGAUAGUCGGCGUGAAGGAAAUAAUUGCGGUCGACCGAAUUGGCCAUCGGCUUGAGGUGGCCAAAGAGCUUGGUGCAACCCAAAUUCUUGAAAGCAAGCCAGACACCAACCUCACCGAGGAGCUACAAAAGCUGGCUGGUGGAGGACGUAUCUCGUACGUUUUUGAGACGACUGGAGUUGUGAGCGUUAUUCAGGCAUCUUUGGAGGCCUUAGGCAAGCAUGGGAAACUAAUCCAAAUUGGCGUUCCAUCAAUGGAUGCUCAACUCACGCUUCCAUUAUAUCCACUCCUAUCUCAAAACAAAGGCUUUGAGUGUAUCUACCUGGGCGACACUACUGGUCAAGAGUGGGUGCCAAAGAUGAUUCAGUGGUGGCGAGAGGGGAAGUUCCCGGUCGAGAAACUUGUCAAAUUUUAUCCCGUAAAGGAUGCUCAGGAAGCUUUGCAUGGGAUGGAAUCCGGUGUGGCCAUCAAGCCCGUCCUCGUUUGGUAG